AUGGAUGAUUUUGAUUUUUUAUGUAAUUAUGAUGGACAUGAUGAGGAGGAGAUAAUUGGAUUUUGUUUAAAUAAAAGUUGCCAAUAAGUUACGUAAUUCUGUUUGAAAUGUUGUUGGGAAAAACACGGAGAUCAUGAGGAUGAUUGCAAAACAUUCAAACAAAUAUAAAAAUUAUUGUAAAAUAAUAAACAAUAAUAAAUUGGACAAAGUGAUGAUGUGAACAAUAAAUUAAAAUCUAUAUAAUAGAUAUGUGAAUAAUUAAGUCAAUCAAAAAAUAUUGGGUAUGAAAAACUAGAUGAAAUAGAAAAGUAUUUAAAGUAAAAGGAAUAUAAAAGUUGUUUAGGUAAUAUAAAAUUCUUAAAGAAUAUCCAAGAUGCAAAUUAAUCGAAUUAAUGUAAACUAAUAUUAGUAUAUUAAUUAGAAUUGAUAUUAGAAUAGUUGGAUAAUGUUCUAUAAACUUUAAAUACAUUAGGAUAACAAUAAAUACCUAAUUAAAUAACAUCAUAAUCAGAAAACACUAAAAACAUUUAAAAGGCUGAAACGAAAGAUUAGGAAAUUUAAGUUAAUAUCAUUAAAUAAGAGGAUGAAAUAAAUAAGAAAUAAACUUAAGAAUCCCUAUAGCCAAAGGAAAAGUUAGUACCAGUUUCCUUUGGAAAUUAACAAAUAAAUCUGUGCAACAAUGAUUAAAUGCCUAGAGCCAAUUCAUAUUAAUCAACUCUUUAAGAAUUUUAUUCAGACCAAACAUCAUAAUUAGUAAAUCCGUGCCAAACACUAAAUAACUAAAAUCCUAUUUAAUAAAACUCCAAAUCUUAAUAACCAUCUUUGUAAGUUCCUGCAACUUCAGUUCCUUAAAUUCCAACAAAUGAUAUAUGCCUUAAUUUUUAUGUAUUGUUUUCUUCGAUUAUAACCAUAGAAUAAAGCAUGUAGCAAGGAUAAAUCUAAUAAAAGAGUAAUAGCUCUCAGUCUUAAUAGAAAAAAUAAAAAUUUGAAGAAUAACUCAAUAGAGAAAUUAGCAAAAACCCUGAGUAUUAAAACAUGCCUCAACCAUUAAUAAAACUCACAGAUCAAGAAUGGGAAAAGUAUAAAACUGUUAUUUAAAGUGCAUAACAUUCCAAUAAGAAUUUUGUUUUGGAGGCUGAAGUGGCUACUUAUAAUGAUGAUGAAUUAGAAAAGGUGUUAGAGUAGUGUGAUAAAUUUCUUGAGUAUGAUCCACUAAAUUUUGAGAAACAUUUGUUGAAAGGUUAAACAUUAAUCAAGGCCAAAAAGUAUAUAGAAGCCCUUGAAUAGAGUGAAUUCAUCAUGGAUAUGAAUCCAAACAAUUAUCAACCGUAUAUUUUAAAAGGUUUGGCAUUAAAUCAAUUAAAGAGAUAUGAAGAAGCUUUACAUAAUUAUUGCAUAUCGAUUUAAAUUGAACCCAUUUUUGAAGCGUAUUUUUUAUAAGGAAUAUCCUUAAUGGCUAUUAAUUAGCUUGAUGAUGCAAUUGCAUCCUUUGAAAAUUCUAUUAGAAUGCGUCCAGAUAUAGAAUUAGGCUAUUAUCACAUGGGUUGUCUUGCUUUAAUGCGUAAAGAGAAGUAUGAUUAAGCAAUUAAAUACUUUGAAAUUGCCCUAAGAAUUGCUCCAAAAUAUGAUUAAGCCCUAAAAUAAAAAAACUUAUGUUUACGGGAACUAGAAGAACGAUAAAAAGCUAUCCAAAAGUCAGACGCUUCAAUUCAAAGAGCUGAAAGUGAGGAAGUUAUCUAUUUUAAAAAAGGUUAUUCUUAAUUGAUUACUGUAGGAUUGGAAUUGUUUAAGGAAUAGAAGUAUAAUGCAGCAUUACCUUAAUUUGAAAAGGCUAUAUAAAUUAAUAACUAAAUGCAUGAAGCUCAUGUCUAUAAGGGUGAAACACUAAACCAAUUAGGAAGACUAAUCGAGGCGGUAAAAUCUUUUGACGAAGGACUAAAGAUACAACCUAGACCAUAAUAUAUGAUAAAAAAAGCUGAUACAUUAAAAGAAAUGAAUAAUAAUGAGGAAGCUCAAAUGCUUUAUCAAAAAGCUUAAUCAAUUAUUUCUAAAGAAUAGUAAAAUCCAUUAUGGAAAUGA